UGGUGUUGGAGGAUGGCGCGGCGGCGGUGCACCUGGCAGCCAGGGCGAGCCACCCGCGCGCCCUGCAUUGCCUUCGGAUGCUGCUGCGCUGGGGAGCGGAUCCCAAUGCUCGGUCCGCGGAGGGGCUGACGCCCGUGCAUGUGGCUGCCGCGUGGGGCUGUCGCGGUGCCCUGGAGUUGCUGCUGAGCCGAGGGGGUGACCCCACACUGCGGGACCAGGAGCUGGACACUUCCACCCAGCCAGAUGAGACCCCAGAGCCCACAGGGUUUUCUGGAGUCUCUCAAGACUCUGAGUUGCACAUGCAUAGAGCUGAGCUGGAUGUGGAGGCUGUGGAGGUGGCUGUGCAACCCCAGAACCCCGAGGCCACCGAGAACUCAGACUAUAGCAGCGAUGCUUCGUUUGUCACUGCAGUGGAGGACUCUCUGCAGCCCGGGCGCCCUGGAGGGGCACUGGAGCUAGUGGCCAGCUUGUGGGUAACCCGUGGGGCCGUGUCAGCUGGGACGGGAGCACCCGACUGCCAGCCGCAGGUCCUGACUUUGACUGCAAGGGACACGGACAAACCUGUACUGCCUGGUGAUGGGGAUCUGGGGGCUUUGCACCCCCACAGUUCGGUGCCCGCCAUGUCUGACCUGCAGCUCCUCCAGGCCCUGCGGGCGCUGGGCUAUAGCCCUGGACCCGUCACACCUUUCACCAGAGGACACUAUCUACGCCGGCUGCGGGAAGCCCAGGCUAGCUCUGCUGAUGUAGGGCAUAGCCCAGAACUGGCGGAGGCACUAAGGACAGGCACUAUCCCUGACAGCCAGAUGGACGAGGAAGCCCUGGCUCAGUGCUUUCAGCGGCUGGAUCCCUUGAAGAAAUGGCGGGAAGGCAUUACAAAGUCUAGUUUUACGUAUCUACUUCUCGACCCCAGGCUGACGAAAGACCUGCCUGCCCGAGCCUCUUCCCUCACACUGGCUGAGUGUCUGCAAUGUUUCGUGCGAGCCAUCUUCUAUGUGGGCAAGGGGACCCGAGCCCGGCCAGAUGCCCACCUCUGGGAAGCCCUUGGUUACCAUGGCCAGCCAAGGAAACAGGUCUGCCCCAAGGUACGCCGGAUCUUAGACAUCUGGGAUAGCGGCCGGGGCAUCAUCUCUCUGCACUGCUUCCAGCAUGUGGUGGCCAUGGAAGCGUACACGCGGGAAGCCUGUCUGUUGGAUGCCCUAGGUCUCCAGACACUGACCAACCAGAAACAAGGACACUACUAUGGAGUGGUUGCCCAUUGGCCACCCUCUCGGCGUCGGCGUUUGGGAGUGCACCUGCUACAGCGUUCUCUGCUGGUCUUCCUGGCUGAGGGGGAGAGAGAGCUGAGGCCUCAGGACAUUCAGGCUCGAGGAUGAAUGCUGAGGAUGUGACAUGAAUCCUGAGCCAUCAAGGUGUCUGAGCAUCCAAGUGCCUGGUUCCUAACUGUCCCCAGCUCUAGCUUCAGAGAACACUGUUUUCUUGUGUGUGUGUGUUUAAAUAUGUGACAGUGUGUCUUAAGCUGAGUGAACAUUGGGAUACAUGGUGCUUCUGGAAGAGUAGUGAGCUCCCCAUCAUGGGAGGAAAACAAGCCAAGGAGCAGAAGCUAUUCUGGAGCACCACCUUCAAUCCCAGCACUCAGGAGGCAGAAGCAGGUAGAGCUCUGUGAGUUCAAGGACAGCCUGGUCUAUAAAAAUGAGUUCCAGUGCAGCCAGGGGAUAUACAGAGAAACCGUGUCCCCCAAAACAAACCAAAAAACAAACAACAACAACAAGACGGUACUCUGGAAUACUACUUUGUCUCCAUGUCUCAUCUUCUGAUGCAAAGAAGACCUCAAGAGAGACAACCCAGGUACACUGGUAGUGAUGGUUCGUCAUCCUCGCCUUUGGGAAGCUGAGGCUGGAGGAUUGCUAGUUGGAGGCCAGCCUGGGCAUCUGAGACAUUUAUGUUGGUGGUGACAGUCCUUUUCCCCAUGGCUCUCCACACUAGACAGAGCCUGGGGUCCCCACUGUGUUCUCAGGAGCACAUCUUAGAUGAAACAGCGCUGAAAAGUUCGAAACCGACUGUGGGGAGUGUGCACACUCACGUGUUACUAGUGUCCCUGCACACUGACUGGGGAGUGUGCACACUCACGUGUUACUAGUAUCCCUGCACACUCACAUGUCACUAGUGUCUGCACACUGACUGGGGAGUGUGUACACUCACAUGUCACUAGUGUCCCUGCACACUCACGUGUCACUAGUGU